AAGGGUGGGUGGUGUUGGCAACCAGCAAUCUCUAGACAUACAAGCAAUGUCGACCUCCUCUGCUUCCUCUUCCUCCAGGGCUCGUAGAUGUUUUUCUGGACCAAUGAGGUCUCCCAUUAGAUACAGAGAGGGGCCGCUGGACUACGAGCCAUUCACACCAUGUGAUUGCCGUGAGAAGCCAAAAGCAGCCAUGUGGAUCUCAUGGAGCGACGAGAAUCCAGGUAGAAGAUACAAGACAUGUUACCGCUCGAGGAGGGGAGGUUGUGAGUUCUACGAGUGGCACGACAAUCCGAUCGCAGAUCCUUUCCUCAAACAGCUGGUUAUCGAUCUUAGGGACCAAGUGUGGUUAUUUGAGAGGAGGAACGCUGCUCUGCAAGAUGCUACGAGGACAGCAGAAACUGAAGCGGCAAAUCUAUCUCGACAACUUUCAGAAGCUAUGGAGUCGGCCAUGGACAGCCGUGCCAAAAUGAUGGUGGCUCGUGUGGCUUGUGGUGAUGUUGCUAGACAGUCUGGUGACAAUGCUCGCGUUUUGGGCAAGAACUACCUUAAGAAUUCUAUGUGGGUGUUUGCUAUAGCUCUUGCAAUCUACAUGCUGAUAAUUGUUUGGUAAAAUAGUCUAGACUAUCCUAAAUGUAUCCUUUAGCAAUGCAUGAGUUAUUGUUAGUUUGUGCUCGUAUGCAUCUGUAGGAGUUGUGUCCUGUAUCAAAUUGUAUUAGUCACCACAUUAUUCUCGGUUA